AUGGCUUGCAAGGUGCACAAAAGGAUAUCACGGCGCAGAAAACUUCACAUUCUGCGAGUCCUUACCAACAACAACAAUUCUGCCAAGAGUAUUGUUCAAUACAUAUACAAGCUAAAGGUCAUGCUGGAAAAUAUCAAAAGAGAGUAUGAAAACCUACUAGCCACACGAAGAGAGUACCUUAGCCUAUUGAACCAUGUCAAAUACAACAAGGAUGUGAAAAUAGAGAAGAUAAGGACAGGAACUUUUGUGGUGAGGGUCUCCUGUGAGAAAGGAGGAGACAAGUUGGUUGCUAUUUUAGAAGCUUUUGAUGAAAUGUGUCUUGAUGUUCAGCAAGCGAAUGUUUCAUGUGAAAAUGGUUUUUCUUUGGAAGCCAUUGCUGUUGCUGAGGAUCAAACUCUGGAUGUAAGAGAUGUAACUGAAGCGCUUCUAAAAGCUAUUGGAAAGCAGAGUGGUGAAAAGGACUCGCAAAAGCUUGACAACUGCUGUAAUUUGUGA